UGGUAAGCGUAAUACUACAACAUCCCCGUGUCAGCGCUGCCUAAAUUACGAUAACCAGCUGGUAAAGUUACAUUCAUCCUUGUGCACUCCGGAAUCUGGACAAAUCUCUGUGAUUCAAGUUGCAGUCUAUGACUUUGAGGUGGACCAUUCUGAAACUUGCCAGCAUAACAUGACACCAGGGAAACUCUGCACGAGCGAGAAAUAUCAUCAAGAUCGGGAAGACUAUUUUCGAUUAGCAAAGGUGGAUAUCUUGUCUCUCACGGAUGCCAGGACGUCGGGGAGAAUGGCGCAGUUUGCUGUUAGUAGGGCGCACCGUAAACUGGUCGAGUCUCAUCGACCGCGAAUCGAGGACAAGUUCCGGGUAGCGAUUCAGCUGAGUAGCUAUGCCGAGCCUGAGCAAGCGGGGAGAACGGUCCGUGGAGACGGCGGGCUGGACCAACCGGACUCGGUCAUUCACGUGGACAGGCUGUCACCUACGGACAAUGUGUCUGACCAAGUGUGGGUAGAAAUUGAAGGGGAUUCUACUGGAACCGUUCAAGCAAAGGAAUACAUCCUUUCCUUGUGCCAUGGGUCCGAUGAACCCCGCUUUGAGGAGAAGCUGCCUUACGGCUUUGGAGACCUCCUCCAAGCCAAACUGGAGGACAUCGCUGUGGAGACUCGCACUAAGAUUGAACUUGAUAGAGACACCGUCAUUCUACGAGGGGAUGAGAUGAAUGUUGCUAUGGCUCAGUCCCUGAUUGAUCAGCUCUGCACGGACUUAAAGCAACACAAAGAGUCAAGUCUAUUCUCUGAAGAACGCCAAACCUUCGUACGGUCACCACAGCAUAACUCAACAAAUGAAGGCUUUGACUCAGUAGAUUCAUCUUGUUCGCAGUUUACUCUGCAAGAUGAUUGGACUAUCGCUGCAGACUCAUUCAGUAGUUCCCAUGCUAUUUCAAAUUCCUCGGUUAUGGGAAGACCGGUUGAGGAGCAACGUUCACCUAGACUCAUCCCCCGUAGCGUUGUUGCUUCACAGUCUGUGGAGACAACUCAUCCCAAGGACAGUAAAACAAUAAGUCUCACAAACAGCAUGCAAAAGUUGGGCUUCCGUAAGGAACAAGUAGACCUAGUCCUGCAACAACUGGGUCCAGAUGCAGACCACAACGACGUCUUGGGGGCGCUAGUCAACCAGCGGCCCACCAAGACAGAUCUGGAGGAAGCAGAGGAUUCUGGGAAGGAGGAGAUUGGAGGAUCCCGAGAUAUGAGCGAUGGGUUACCCUCCGUUGAUGCACCAGAGGAUGAAUCUAACAAUCUAAGACCUAUAAUCAUUGACGGUAGCAAUGUAGCUAUGAGUUUUGGUAACAAGGAUGUUUUUGCAUGCAAGGGCAUCGAGAUAGUCGUCAACUGGUUCUGCGAAAGGGGACACAUGAAAAUCUAUGUCUUUGUACCGGCUUGGAGGAAAGAGGCGUCCAAACCAGAAACACCCAUAACCGAUCAAGGUAUCUUGAACGACUUAGAGAAACGCAACUUUUUAGUCUGGACCCCAUCACGACGCAUCAACGGUCGCCGCAUCGUCUGUUAUGAUGAUCGUUACAUCGUCAAGACAGCGGUCCAGGAAGAUGGAAUCAUCGUCUCCAAUGAUAACUUCCGAGACAUCCAGAACGAGAAACCAGAAUACCGGAAAGUCAUCGAGGAACGACUGCUCAUGUAUUCGUUUGUCAAUGACCAAUUCAUGCCCCCUGAUGACCCUCUUGGUAGACACGGCCCCAGUCUGGACAACUUCCUCCGUAUGAAACCAACAAUGCCUGACCACCUACCCCAAGCCUGCCCGUAUGGCAAGAAAUGCACCUAUGGCAACAAGUGUAAAUAUUACCACGCCGACCGGCCCAACCGACCAAUGAAAUCAAUCAGUGAGACGCUGAAGGAACGAGACAAGACUCGCAAAGAGAAGGCCAAGUUGAACUCUGAUCGGAGUCAUAGUCCUAGGUUUACAUCGGUUUCCUCGGCACCAAUACCUGGUUAUGUCCCUCCUGAGGAGAUUGCACCAUCCCCCGAAUGGCAUACUACCCCUCUGCCUGGACCUAGCACCCAACAGUCAAGCCCAAAGAGGGGCAGUCGUAUCGCCUCGGAAUCAAGUGCCUUGCAAACCAGCCCCAAGUCGUCUGGUUCCCCACGUCAUUUCCAAACUGUAGAAUCCCCAUCCCAUUCACCAUACCCGACAACCAGAGAUGAGACAUUCGGGAUACCAGACUUACAGCCAUAUCAGCAUGGUGCUGGAGUCCCUCAUUUGCAUAGUCAGGUGCCUUCACAAACCCUGAAUACGCCUCCGUUUGGACGAGCCAAUCACACUUCUCCGUUGCCAAGUUUCUGUCAACACACUGACAGACAAAACCAACGGGACAUGUACACAGUGCCUCUGCAAGGAUACCCAUCUGUGAAUCCAUCAGACAGGGGAUAUGCACAGAUGGAGGAAUCACUCAACAGAAACAGAAUGUCAAUGCCUCCAGUCAUGUAUGGGUCUGGUGAACCAAUGGGUGUUACUCCCUCUGGAAUGGGUUUUGAGAGGAGGUCUUCCCACAAUGAUUUGAUGACAGAUUUCCAGCGAAUGGGGAUUCACGAUACAAGCGGAGUGGCUUUACCAAGGGAACCACAACCAAACUAUGGUUACAGGCAGUCACCACGGCAAUAUCACAACGGAGAAGCGUUACCAGGGCCCCCUCAGCCUCUCCCUAGUCACCAUCUUGGAGAGAUCAGUCAGGGAGCCAGUCAACCCAUGACCUAUCACAGCACUGAAGCCUUCAUUCCUCAACAUGGGAUGCCACCCAGCCUCAGCUCGGACCAGAUGUUGUACCACCCUUCCCGCCACACCCCUCCUCCAAGAUAUCACCCACAGAGUGAGCCUCCACAACCCCGGCCGUACUACCCCAGCCCAGGACCCAUGCCGGUGACUAGUACGUGGCACAGCAGUGGCCGACCAACUCCAGAUAAUGUAUCUCCUCGGCGGAACUCGGAGCCGGCCAAAUCCUUGGAGGAACAGCGGAAGUACAUCCUGAGCAAUCUGGCUAGUCGGUUUGGUCAUGAUAAGGUCAAUGCUGUCAUGCAGAGACACCCACAUGAAACUAACCCAGGGAAACUUAUCAUGUACAUGAACACCAAUAUGUAAAGAUUGUACUUACUGGCCAAUUCACAGGCCAUUUUACUGGCCAAUAUUUAUUGGCAGUUUAGCCAAUAUCUAACAGUGUAACUCAAAGUUACAGGCCAUACAACCUAUAACCACAGGCCAUCGUUAAAGGCCAUUAUUUAUUUGCAGUUAAUUUAAAUCAGUAUAUUUAUCCCAAGUUACUGGCCACACGACUCAGAACUGGUAAUUAUGGGCCAUUCAGACCAGUCUUGUCGACACAAUGUGCUGGCCAUUAUUUGGGGCCGUAACUUUGAACACUGGUAAUUGUUUUACGUAACAUUACUGGCUAAAUUAGUUAUCAAAUUUGCAGGCCAGAUUAUGUCGGAGCACUUUUUGUCAUUCCUUGCCAGUGAUACUGGUCAUAUUUCCUAGCAAUAUUUUAUGUAGACAAUUCUGGUCGUGUACCUAUUCAUAGUUACAGGCCAUAAUUUUACUAAAUUUAUCUGUGGCCCUGUAAUAAGUGGCCACAUUACUAGUUUAUGGUGAAUCAAAACCAAAAAUCAUUUGUAUGAAUCUUUAAGACAAAUGUGACUUGCUUCCUAGAAAAAAAGUAACAUUUUUGUCUGCUUUGAUUUAAAGAAGACAACUUAAACUGCCCUGACAACCAUAUCCGAUGGUGCUGGUUAUUUGGAAUGCUGCCACAUAACUUAAAUACUUUGCUUUAUCUGAGCGUAUCACUUUGCUUUAUCUGAGCUUAUCACUAUUCAUCAAUAUAGUUUUGACUGGAGUGAUAAAACGUUAUCUUAUAAUUACAAAAUUGACAUUUGAAUGUCCAGUUUGUAUUACUUUGGGUUGUACACAGCUUUGCAGUGAGCAUUACCUUCAUCAAAACAAAAAGAAAAAAAAUGUGAGGACUGGACUUUGUCAUUUGUUGCUUCCGCUUGGACUGCUUGUGUUCCUUGGUACGUGCAUAUUACCAUGGAAGGAACAAUGCAUCAUGCCAUUGUUGUUACAAUGUGUGAAAACAAUUACAUCAAUAACAUCCAUAGCAUCUACACAUGUUUUUUUUUUAGACCAUACACCUAGAGACCCUAUACUCUGAAACAGGAAGUAAGAUAAGUUGUAGUCACGGCAUAACAUCCACUUUCAGUUUGUUCGAGGUCAUCCCAACCAUUACAAGGGAAAAGAAGUCAGAUGCUAAAUUAGGUUGCGGGGUGGUUUUUUGUUUUUUUCUUUUAUACAUUUGACUAAGUUUCCGCUACGGAAUGGGAUUUCUGGGACUGGAUUGUUUUUAGCCGGCAAGGUGUGAGCGUUAUCCGUAAUCUAAACCAUAUGGUCAAUGCGUUAGGAUGAACAGUGAGUACACAUGAACCGGUACAGGAAAACUAGUCAUGUACAUCCGACAUGCUAUGGCUGACUGUAUAUUUCCUUGUUCAUUUGUACAUCAUGUGUGCUAUGGCCAACCCCAGUACAAUGCAUAUCUUUUUGUUUGAGUUCUUUUCUCGUAUUUCCCUAUUAUGUUAGUUGUCAGGGUUUUUUUUAUCACUUUCACAAGUCUUGUUUUUAAAAUGAAAAAGUGAAAUUGAAAGUUAUGUUACAUUCAGUACAAGGAAAUAGCAAAUGUAAUCUUUGUGGAAGAUUUUAGGUGGACCCCCAUGACUGUUGGAGUUUUCUAGGUCAAAGUUCUCGGAAAAGCAAAAUAACUUUCAAAAUAAGUCCACUGGAUAAAUUGGGUUUUUUUUAAGGCUCAUGUUUAAAAUUUAACUCAGAAAAGUAGCUUAGUAAAAGAAUUAAUUGAAAAAUGUAUUGUUUGUGAAGAGAUACAGAGGUACAAAAAAUGGAAAGCAUUGCUGUUGAUUUGUGUCGAGUACCUCGGUAGAAGUUGCACCUAUCAAAUGACAAGUACAUUCACAUUUGAGGAAUUUUUGCACUGUGAAGAAGACAGAAUGACACAUGUCUGUGUCAUCAGAUUGAAUCCCUUUAGUGCCAAGUAAUCAGGAUGUAUCGUAGCAUUCUUCUAUUUCAGGAUGUCUCGUUCACUUGUAGUUUUUUCAGUAUGUAGGAUAUAUCUUUUUCCUCUUAUUACCAUUUUGAAUACUCAUCCUAACAUAUUUGGGAAAUUUGUACAACUUGGUACCCAGUGAAUUUCCAUGGAAUGACCAGCAAGUUCAUUGUGGUUAAAACAUGAACCAAAUUUGUUUGACUGACUUAGAAUAAGGAAUGGAAAUUAAUCCGAUGUUGUUGUUGUAUAUGUGUAAUUUGCCCGAUUGAUUUAAAACAGAACUGUUCCUAGUGUUCAACAAAGGGUCUCAACUUUUCUGUUGAAAAAAAAAACACAGGAAAACAUUUCAUUCGACCCAAUUCUAUUCCUUAUAUGAACCCAACACUUUGUUGGAUCAGAAAUGCUCUGAAAUCAUUUGUCAUAUUUGACAGCGUUGUGUGUAAAUAUGAAAGUGGUUUGUAGGCUCAGACGAGAGGAAGUAGGGGGAUAUGUCUGGCGCCCUCUAUCAACUCAAAAUGGUUAAGAGCUUGGCCAUCGCAGAAUUUUGAUGCGUUACUCUUUCCUAGAGAUAUGAGGAGCCACAGUCAUCUUUUUUUAAAGAGCUGUGUCUUCCGCCGUUGCCUUUUUAUUUAAGGCAAAGAGUUGUUUAAACGUAAUCAGGAAUGUACAGUAUAUUACUGCAUCGAUGUAAAUUAAAACAGAGCAUGUUUAAGGAAAUAAAAACUGCUACUAACGUACGGACAUAUGUCUACUAUUUUUCAAAGGCCCAUAUUUUUGUUAGCUGUGCUAACAAAAGGGUUCUAAUUCGAUUAGUUUAGUACCAAAAAAGUUCAAGCUAUUUUUGAAAUGCUAGUUUGUACAUUGAUGCUAGAAUUAAGUUUAUACAUUGUGCAUGUUAGGUGUAUAAUUUAGGUAAAUCCUGUAAACCAAUGUGCUGUUUAUUUCCAAUUGUCUAUGUACAUAUGUAUAUUAUCAUUGUUUAAUUUUGCCAGUUUCUGAAGACCAAUUUGUAUAAUUAAAGAUGGAUUGUUUAAUUUGCAUGAUUUAGUCAUAUUGUAAGAAAAUAUGAGAUCAAUGUGAUUUGUUUAGCAUGACGUACUGCCAGAGUUUAUUGUUUUCAUCACCAAAAAUAACCAAGAAAAUAAAAACAAAAAAUGAGAACUCA